CGGCAACACAAAUUUGAAGAAGAAGAAAACGGAUAAUGUUUUUUUGUUUGUCAACGCUGCGCUAGGGAAGUAGGAUUCGAAACCGUUGUUGGUAAAAUCAAGACCUCUUUCUCUCACAACUGAACUCUUCCCCAGUUAGGUGUGAAGUCAUGACAACGUUGGAUGACAAGAUCCUGGGGGAGAAGCUGCAGUACUACUACAGCAGCAGUGAGGAUGAGGAAAGUGACAAGGAGGAUGACGAGGGGGAGCACAAGACCAUCCGCAACCCAGAUGUACUGGAGCCUGAGCUAGAAUACAGCGCUGACGGUAGUGCCAUCAACACAGGGCCCAAGGGGGUGAUUAAUGACUGGAGGAAGUACAAACAGCUGAAGGUGGAGCAGAAGCAGGAGCAGAAGGAGGAGAUGGAGAGACUCAUCAAGAAGCUGUCCAUGACCUGCCGCUCCGACCUGGACGACGAAGCCGACGCCAUUAAACAGAAAGAGAUGCAGGACAAGAUCCAACACAAGAUGACCAUGCAGGAGUACAACAUGCUCCAGGAAGACGAGGAUGACGAGGACUUCCUCCAGCAGUACAGGAAGCAGCGCAUCGAGGAGAUGCGCCGGAAGGUGUUGCGCGGUAAGCGCUUCGAGCAGGUCUACGAGCUCAACAGUGGCGAGGAGUUCCUGGAGGCUGUGGACAAGGAGGACAAGGCCUGCCUGGUUAUGAUCCACAUCUACGAGGGCGAGGUGCCUGCCUGCGAGGCAAUGAUGGGCAGCCUGCUGUGCCUGGCACAGGAAUACCCCCUGGUCAAGUUCUGUAGCGUGCGUGGGUCGGUUAUCGGCACCAGUGCCCAGUUCAGGGGCAGCGCGUUGCCAGCCCUGCUGGUGUACAAAGGAGGAGACCUGAUUGGGAACUUUGUGCGCAUCACAGACCAGCUAGGAGAGGACUUCUAUGCAGUGGAUGUGGAGGCGCUGCUGCAAGAGUAUGGGCUGCUGCCGGACAAACCUGUCCUUGUCGCUAAGACCAUCCGCAACUGCGCCAUCACACAGAGCGAUGACUCUGACCUUGACAUAGACUAGAGAACAGACCUGCACAUAUAUAGAAACAUAGACUAGAACCUCUGUGUAUACACACACACACACACACAGUCGACAGACUAGAACCCCUAUGUACACACACAGUCGACAGACUAGAACCCCUAUGUACACACACAGUCGACAGACUAGAACCCCUAUGUACACACACAGUCGACAGACUAGAACCCCUAUGUACACACAGUCGACAGACUAGAACCCCUAUGUACACACACAGUCGACAGACUAGAACCCCUAUGUACACACACAGUCGACAGACUAGAACCCCUAUGUACACACACAGUCGACAGACUAGAACCCCUAUGUACACACACACACACGGUUGACAGACUAGAACCCAUACGUGCACGCGCACUCACACACAGUCGACAGACUAGUACCCCUACGUACGCACACACACACACAGGCGACAGACUAGACCCCCUAUGUACACACACAGUCGACAGACUAGAACCCCUACGUGUACACGCACACACGGUCGACAGACUAGAACCCAUACGUGCGCGCCCACACAAACACACACAGUCGACAGACUAGAACCCCUAUGUACACACACACACGGUUGACAGACUAGAACCCCUAUGUACACACACAGUCAACAGACUACAACCCUACGUGUACACACACACACGGUCAACAGACUAGAACACCUACGUGUACACACACACGGUCGACAGACUAGAACCCAUACGUGCACGCGCACUCACACAGUCGACAGACUAGUACCCCUACGUACGCACACACACACACACACACACACACACACACACACACACACAGACUAGAACCCCUACAUACACACACACACGGCGACAGACUAGAACCCCUACAUACACACACACACGGUCGACAGACUAGAACCCCUACGUACACACACACACGGUCGACAGACUAGAACCCCUACGUACACACACACACGGUCGACAGACUAGAACCCCUACGUACACACACACACGGUCGACAGACUAGAACCCCUACGUACACACACACACACGGUCGACAGACUAGAACCCCUACGUACACACACACACACACGGUCGACAGACUAGAACCCCUACGUACACACACACACACGGUCGACAGACUAGAACCCCUACGUACACACACACACACACACACACGGUCGACAGACUAGAACCCCUACGUACACACACACACACACACACGGUCGACAGACUAGAACCCCUACGUACACACACACACACACGGUCGACAGACUAGAACCCCUACGUACACACACACACACGGUCGACAGACUAGAACCCCUACGUACAUACACACACACACGGUCGACAGAUAAGAACCCCUACAUACACACACACACGGUCGACAGAUAAGAACCCCUACAUACACACACACGGUCGACAGAUAAGAACCCCUACAUACACACACACGGUUGACAGACUAGAACCCCUACGUGCGCACACACGCACGGUUGACAGACCAGAACCCCUACCUGCGCACACACUUUUAAAGGAGCGAUUUGACCUACAACUAAGACCGAUUGAAUACGCUCAAAUUCAAUAGCGUGGUUUCCACUACCACGUUAUCUCUGGGCUAGUCAGUGCUUGAUACCGCCAGAGUUGUUUGAAAUUGAGAAACUCAACAUGCGAUUACUUUACGCAAAUACCUUGUUGACAAAUUUGCGACUCCCUUUGACGAUGGUGUGAAAUUUUGUCAUGGGCGUUACAGGAAGUAAUUUCAUGUUGUGGAGUCGCUCAGUUUUAAACGGCGAUAGAGUUGUACUGGACACCAUAUUGGCAAUAUUAGCAAAAUGCUCAUUCAAAAAACAGUACCCUAAUGCAGGGGUAUUUAUCUGAGCCUGGAGGUCCAGCGUAGUGCUGCUCUAUCGGUUGACUAGGUGGGAUGCAGCGAUUGUCAGAAGGGACUUUUACUUGUAGGUUAGCAGAACUUACGCAGCAGGUUAUAAAAAUGGACGUAGCAGGUUAGGAGAAUUAGGUUAAGGUUAGCUAAAAUGCAAAAAUUCCCCCAACGCCACUCGAACAUGCAACUUUUGAUCUCACUUUGACAUUAGCUGCAUCUGUUCUAGCCAUGGGGAAACGCUUAUCACGGCACUUUGAUACCGAAGUGACUUUUUCGUAGCAGGUUAGGAGACUGAGGUUAAGGUUAGCGAAAAUGCUUUCCUAACCUGCUACAAAAAUCACUUUGUAUCAAAGUGUUGUGAAAAGACUGUCUCUGUAGCCAUGACCUGUUCUACCUGGGAAAUGAAUUGCACCCACAUGGUGUCCCAUGUCUAAAUCAAUGCCCGAUUAGAGGGAAAUAAUGAAAAACAGUAGUGGAACUGGCUUCAAGGUCCAGAUUUGAAUUUGCCUGCAGCUAGUGAAGUGGGUUGUUAUGAUCGACAGGACCCAAAGACCUAUACAUUCCCUAUUAAUUAUGAUAUUUAUUCACCUAAGUUAUAUGCUUCAUUACACAUCAUGUUAGUUUAACUAGUUACAUGAAUAGACCAAGACUGAGACCUAUUAUUUGUUUUACAAUGAUAUGCAGACAUUAUUAUUUUUUUAUGUUUAAGCUUUAACUUAUUUGUUUUUAAUUGUGACAAUGCAUUGUUGUUUUUCUGGUCCAAUGUCUCUUAUUUGUGUAUGUUUAUCAAACUAGCUCACCCUGUAGAAAAUGUUCUGUCCAAAGGGACAUUUUGUUAGUUUUAUACCUGUUAAUAUUAUGGAUAAAAUAAACUAGCUUGAUUUGA